AUGUCUAUCUGUGGCCGGGUCUCCUCAGCUCUGCGCGCCUGCUGCCUGGGGAGCUUUCCCACAGCCAGAGCCCGAGACGAACCGAGAUGGAAGAGUGUUCCUGCACCUAGUCGGGGGCUCCGCAGUCCCACACAUGCUGGGGGUCAGAAAGCAGAGGCUGCGGGAGACCCAGCAGGCCCUUCAGCCCAAGGAGCACCCUCGCCCAGGGCAGGCCCUGGCUUCUGCGAUGUCGUAGGUGGCUGGAGGGCUGACGGCUGGCGCCGUGUCAGCACCACGCAGGCGCAGUCUGCGUCCUACAAAGAGACUGUGCCGUCGCGUGGACUCACUGCUUCUCUAGAGUUCUGA